AUGUUCUCUGCCCCAGGUUGGCCCAGGGACUGCAGUGAGCUCCCUGCUAGCAGUGCCAGUGGCAUCUACAUCAUUCAGCCCACAGGACAGCAAACUAUCGUGGUCUACUGUGAGAUGAGAAGGGAGGAUGGAGGCUGGACUGUCAUCCAGAGGAACCACAGAGAUACACCAGUCAGCUGGGAUGAGUCCUGGAGCACCUACAAACAUGGCUUUGGCAAUGUACACUCUGAGUUCUGGCUGGGCACCGAGUACAUCCACCAGAUCACCAGGCAGAAGGUCUACCAGGUCAGGUUUGUCAUCUGGGAUGCUGCAAACAGCAACCUGUUCAGCUUGGGUGAUGAGUCCCAGGGCUACCAGCUGAGGCUGGGAGUGCACUCAGGGACAGCAGAGGAUGCCAUGGCCUCCAAGAGCAUGACCACCAUGCAUGACAACAUGAAGUUCUCUGCUAAAGAUCGAGAUCAGGACACUUCUAGUGGGAACUGUGCUUCCAGCUCUGGGGGUGGGUGGUGGUACUCAGCAUGUUACUCUGUGCGUCUGAACUUCAGAGGGGGCAUGACAUGGGGCAGCCUGUGCCCGGGGAACUGCAAAGCCUCAGCCAUCCUCAUCAAACCCACCACCUACUGCUAG